UCUAUGGAAAGGAAAGUUGUAAUUGACCGGUGUCCCAGGUUGCGUGCUUCGGUUUGACACUUCCUCUGGGUCUGGGCACCAGCUGAGGUUCGUGUAUCAUAAAAAUCAUAAAAUCGUUCGUGUCCAUUAGUUUUGCCAACUUCGGGAGGGGGAUUACGAUGAACCCGACGGCCAGGUGGCGCUGGUGCGCAGCAGGACGGCCAGGGCGUCCAGCUGUCAGUGUCGCUGCUCCAACCGGCACAUAUGCAUGCGUUCAAAUGUUUGAUGGAGGAUGAAAAUAGCAACACACGUGAGUUAUAUCACUGUUGAAGAAAAUGACGUCAUCGCUGACACUACGGAAAAUGGCAAUCGGUGGGUGUCCCCACGAAUCCACGAUUGCGCGUCAAAACAAAAAGCAAAUUCGUGAUUGACGACGAGUGUCUCAGGUUGCGUGGUUGGGUUCGGCACUCUCGCCUCCCCUCUCUGGGUAGGCCAGCUCAGGUUUCUUCCUGUUCACCAGUUUUUGAUGCCAGCGCAUUAUAUAUAUUAUCAUCACUGUUCAUGUCGAUCGACUGCAAGUAGUUUUAGGAGAGCGCCGAGGACGCACCCGCGUACUGCCAAAUACAAGCCGCGGUGCACCCGUGCCGCCGUUCGUCCGCUCCCGUCGUCCGCACACGCGCACGCUCGGCUCGAUAAUCCUCACCGGCGAGCGCGCAGCUCACGAUCUAUCAUCCCGAUGUCGCCGGUGAGGAUUACCGACUCGACCUAUGUCGGCGUGCCGGAGACCGCCGCGCCACCGCCGGGGCCGAUCAGGUUCACCGCGAUGGAGGCGCUCUGGGUCGUCUUCCCGGUGCUGCAGCACGUGCUGCUCUACGAGGGCGACGACGACAUGCCGCCCUUCGACGCCAUUCUCGAGUCCCUCCGCUCCUCCCUCGCGGCCACUCUGGGCAGCUUCGCGCCGCUCGCCGGCAAGCUGGUCCACCUCGAGGAGACGGGGGACGUGGGCAUCAGCUGCUCCGCCUCCGACGGCGUCAGGUUCGUCGUCGCCGAGUGCGACGCCGACAUCCGCCGCCUCGCCGGCGACGAGGAGCACGACCUGCGCGUCCUCGAGGCGCUCGUGCCGGAGGUGGACAUGGGCCGGCUGCCGACCGCCCUGCUGGCCGUGCAGGCCACGCGUUUCGAGGGCGGCGUGGCGGUCGGGCUGACGGUGCACCACGGCGCCGCCGACGGGCGGGCGCUGUGGACGUUCGUCGAGGCGUGGGCGACGGCGUGCCGGGGCGAGACGCCGGCCACCACGCCGUGCUUCGACCGCUCGCUCGUCAAGAUGCCCGCCGGCGACGAGCUGGCCAGGAGUGUUCUGCGGAAGUUCGCUCCCAAUUUGCCCUCGGCGGCACUAGCGUCAUCAGUCUUCGAAGACCGAAAGCGGCUCACUCGCCGAACCUUCACCUUGGACCAAGGAGACAUCCAACGCCUGAAGCUGCGCAUUGUCCACCUCAAUGAGUCGGGCGGCACGCCCCUGCCUCGCCCGCCGUCUGCUUUCGCCGCCGUGGUCGCGCUCGCGUGGACGUGCUUCGCCCGGUGCAAGUCGUUCUCCUUGGACGACGACGUGUGGCUCUUCUUCUUCGCCGACAUCCGCGAGCGCCUUGACCCUCCCGUCGGCGCGGGGUACAUCGGCUCGUGCCUCACCAAGUGUUUGGCAAGGCUCCCUGCCCGGGAGCUUCAUGGUGAGCGUGCCCUGGCGGCUGCGGCGUCGGCGGUCCAGGACGAGAUCAACAAGAUGAAGGAAGACCCUAUCGCUGGUUGGAACUUCUUCUCAUUCGAUCCCAUGCCCGCCAUGGACCGGUUGAUGAACAUAUCAGGCUCGUCGGGCUUUAGUGCAUACAAGAUCGCCGACUUCGGGUGGGGAAAGCCGACACGGACAGAGCCGAUUAGGAUGAACACAGACGGUCAGGUGGCAUUGAUGGGCAGCAGGGACGACCGGGGUGUGCAGGUCUCAGUGGCACUGCUCCAAGCGGCACAAAUGGACGAGUUCAAAUCUAACUUUCUGGCGCUACUUGAGUGACAAUUUUUGUUCUCAAAGAGACCUAGUUAGGUCAAUUCAAAACAGUACACCCAGAUGUUUUAUAAAGAUUAAUACAUUAUAAUUGAAUUGUUUAUUUAACUAA